AUCAGAAGCAACUGAGGAGGGUCGACCUGUCUGUCAGGGAGUGAGCGAUUCCGAGGAGACCGGGAGGGGGUUAUUCGGUCCGACUGGCGCGGUGCUAAGGUCCACCCAUCCGUUUGGAGGAGCUCGGCACACGUCCACCCGCUCCGCCCGACAGAUCCCUCGAUGGGCGCCCGGAUCCACAAGGAUUUGCCGCUGUCUUUGUCCUCUUGCGCUGGAAACAGGAACUCUUCCCAAAGCAGCAACGGGACGUGCGCGACCGAGGUGGAGAGGCUAACCCAGUCGUUCUCGGCCACCCUGGUGCUGAUCGUGUUGGUGACCCUGAUAUUCGGGCUGAUCGCCGUCUCCCUCAUCACCUUCCACUUCCACAAGAGUAAGAUGAAGCAGCGGAAAAUGCAGAGAGCCCAGGAGGAGUAUGAGCGGGAUCACCGCAGCCCUCCGGCAGCGAAAGGCUCGUCUCUGGAGAAGGGGAGUGUGAUGGUGAGUCCGGCUCCCGAAGCACCAGCAGAUGCUCAUCCAUUCCCCAACACCCCCAAUAAAACACACACAACUGACUCCAACUGCGACCCUGGGAUUGCACCAUCUGUAUCAGACCUUCGCUGCACAGAUAACACGAGGAGUCCAGUCUCCCAGUCUGUGGUUUUGUAAUGAACUCUCUCUUAUCUCUCUCUCUGUCUCUCUGUCUCUCUCUCUCUCUCUCUCUCUCCUCUCUAUCGCCUCUCUACUGCAGGAAAAAAAAAUUAAGGACAGUUGUCUUAAAAUACCCUGAACAUAAGCAUUAGUUUUAAGAGAACGGAAUUUUAAAACACACACACACACACAAAAUUACAGCGCAUGGCAAAUCACAUUCAUUUCGAUUGAUCCAGCCUCUGGAAAUUAAAUAUUUGUGUUAUUUAGAGAAAAAAAAACGAAGACGCACAUAUAGCAGAAAUGUAUGUCAGUUAACUUUGGAUUACCACUUAGAUGUAUAUUUCGUAAUUUUAUCGUCUAUAUGUAAAGUCCGAGGCAUCAGGUCGAUCUGAGUCGGUGUAGUGUACAGUUUUAAAGGAGCGAUCGAGACCUACAGGAGUAUAACACAGGGUCACUCUCAGACUCAAACUCAAUCGGACUGAGGCGCUGUCAGUUGGCUACAAUAUAUUUGUAUAAAUAAAGGAAAACAUCAAA